AUGUCCUCCUCUCAGGAGGUGGAAGCUCCGGCUCCGUCACCAGGCCUCCCGGAACAACCAAAGACUCCCAUAGGCACCACUCACAAUACAGACUUUGAUCUGCGCAAGAUCAGCUCUCUUCCUUCCGAACAACAAGAGCUGUUUCUGCUCACGGCUGUGUCGAAGCUGACGAAGCAUGUCCUUUCCCUGGACGCUGACGGCUGCACUGCGCAGCAGCUGUUCAUCAAGCGAGACGUCUUCCAGGUCAUUUCAUCUUCCCCGGCGCCAUCGAGAGUAAUACGCAACAACCUCGGGCGGUGCUUGGCCCACGUAUUUGGAAUUGGAGACAGGAAGCUGUUGUUCGAAUCAAUCAAUGAGCUGAUUGCGAUCCUUUCAGGGGGCAAGGUCAAGACGGAGAGCGAUGUGCGAACCAAGCAUGCGGCCGUCAGCUGUCUUGGCGAUGUGUUUGCUGCUGCCGGAGACAGCGCCGUCGGCCUGCACCAGCUUGCCUGCUCCACCUUGCUGAAGCUUCUGAAGGCAUCGUCCAGCAAUGCAGGACUCCGGGCUGCCAUCUUUGUGUCCCUGGAGAAGAUUGUAGGCAUGGUCAAGGGUCUCGUGGACGAGGUAGCUGCUCGGGACAUCUGGAGGCAGGGGCGCAGCUAUGCGACGAGUGAUAAGGGAUCCUUGGUCCAGACUUCUGCUUGCCGCUGCUUGAAAGCUCUUGUGCGAGACACGACCUACUUCCGGAACUCGAGCGAUUUUGACAAACUGGAAUCAGCCAUGGUCAAGGCAUUCGAUGCUUUGUCUGUUCACGUGCGACAAGCUGCUGCGGACACUCUGGCGGAGGCUCUAUUCCAGGGGUACUCAGAGGCGGCUGCUGGGGACACGAAAGGCAAAAAGGCAAAGACUAAGCUCAAGCGAUCUUCGACACAUCCAGCAAUUUCGGGGGCAACAGAGGACGACGGUCUUCCCCCUAGGUCUGGGAGCCCGGCGCCCGGUGCCAAGCGUCCGAAAGAUCUUGCUAUUUCGCUGCGUGAUAUGAUUUCUAUCCUUUCUGGGUAUUUUGUCAAGUCAAGCUCUUCGAAUAGGGUCCGUGGUGCCCUCGGCGUUUGCUGUACCCAACUUCUCCAUCGAUUAGGUGAAAGGAUUGUCGAGAGGAACUACAUCAAAAUAGUCGAAUGCCUGUCAAUUGAGCUAUUGGGGUCCAGUACCAUUAGCAACCAUCGGUAUCGUCUGCUCGUUUCUCGACGCAUCGUAGAUACCAUCAUUCAGGAUGUCGUUGGCCGCAAGAUCCUGGGAGAAUCCAGCCAGAUCGUGGCGGCCAAAUCCCUAAUCAACGACAUUUUGAAAAACUACCCACAGGUAUUGGCUGAGAGGCCAGAACCAUCCAAGCAUACGUUGAUCACAGCAUUGAGUGCUGUGGCUUCGCUGAUCAAGUCGCUGGGAUCAGCUGCCAACAGUUUCGCAGACGCAUGCAGGGACGGCCUGCUCCAGGUUUUGCAGCAUCCGAGUUACUCGGUACAGGUAUAUGCUUCAUAUUGCAUGAAGGUCUUCGUCGUGGCCUGCCCUCAGCAGUUGCUUCCCUGCCUCUCAGUCUGCAUGAACAGUCUCACACGAGAGCUGUCCCUUCUUGGCAGUGGGCGAAACUCUCCUAGAAGGUGUAUUGGAUUUGCCCACGGGUUGGCUGCAACGCUGAGUGCCAGUCCAUCUCGCCCACUGUAUGGCUCCCUAGAUGUCAACAGUCGUGUGUUGACGAUGGCGACAAAUCUGCUCAAAUCCAGCGGACAGUCAGAGCUCCGUGUCUCAAGCACUCAAAUCCAAGUAGCAUGGAUUCUCAUUGGCGGCCUGAUGUCCCUUGGACCAAAUUUUGUCAAAAUCCACCUAUCUCAACUGCUGCUACUGUGGAAGAAUGCGCUACCCAAGCCUUUAGCCAAAGACAAUACCUCGGCGAGAAGCUUGCUCGAAUCGUCCUUCUUAACCCACGUCCGAGAAUGUGCUCUCGGUUCGAUUCUCUCGUUCCUUCAGUUUAACAGCCGUCUAUUGACCGUCGAUGUGUCGAAGCGUAUCGCGACAAUGCUCCAGAGCACAACAGAUUUCUUAAAGACUCUGCCUUUGAAGAAGACAACAGAAGAUAUUUCUCAAAGGUUGACACGAGCAUUGCAGCUGCAGGACUUGGACUUGAUGGUCCAACGUCGUGUUCUCCAAUGUUAUAUCAAGCUUGUCAACCUUAGCCCUGCGGGUAGCAGCGAGUCUCUUUUGCAGUCUAACCUUCUCACAAUUGCCAUCUCGCUGUUUGCUGACCCUGACAACUACCAGCCUAGCUCCCUGAGCGCGUCAAUAGCAAACACGGCUGCCACAUUCGAAUCCAUAUGGGACGUGGGUGAUAACUCAGGGUUUGGUGUUACCGGUCUCGUGUCAGGAUUCGAUGUCCGGGACUUGCCUGGCCAGCAUGUCAGCUCCCGCCAGCAACCCCAAGAAUAUGAUACGCCGGAAGAAGCCAUCCUCAACGCGGCAAAGACGCCGGUCUGCGGUAGCUUAGAGCACGACGCAUGCCUUCUCUACGUAGAGGGCAUCAAUGAAUCGUCGCCUACUUCAGAUCCUCCAGCUACCGAGGUCAUCAAUAGCGCGAUCCAACUUUUUGCAUUCGCUUUCCCUUUGACGCCAGCUAAGGUCCAAGAGAGUAUCCUGGAGCAGAUCAAAACAUUUGCCUCAACCGGUUCUCUCCAAAGAGAUCCGGGACGGAAAGCAGCAAUUAACAUCAACCUAGCGACGGCUAUUUUGCUGACCAUGAGGGUUUGCGUGAAGGAAACCCAGUCCCCUGCCGGAAAUAUCUCCAACAUGGCGGUCGAGAACCUUUUACAAGAUAUAGUGCGAGACUUCGUACUUGAUACCGAUCAAUAUGUACGAAGCCUUGGUUACGCGUCUGUGGCACGUCUCUGCAAUGUGUACGGGAAUGCUUUCACCAACACUGAAGUCAAAUAUCUCAUUGACACCAUUGUUGGCAACCGAGAGCCAAGUGCCCGUGCUGGGUGUGCAAUGGCUCUUGGGUCAAUCCAGACUAAAGUAGGCGGAAUGGCUGCCGGGUACCAUUUGAAGACUAUUCUAAGCAUUCUCAUGUCCCUUUGUAACGAUCCUCACCCUGUUGUUCACUAUUGGGCUCUAGAAGCUCUUUCCCUGGCUUCUGAUGCGGCCGGACUGAGCUUUGCUGGAUAUGUGCCAAGUACUCUUGGGAUGUUGGCCCAGCUAUAUGUUUCUGAGACGCAUCACUGUGAAGUGUCAGCGACGAUGACUAUGAAUCUUGAGAUGGAACUAUCCACUACCUCAUCAAUUGCGAAGUGCACGGACUCGUUGAUCAAUAUUCUUGGUCCUGACUUGCAAGAUGCAACCAAGUCUCGAGAGUUGAUUUUCACCCUCAUUGGCCAAUUUGAGAACGAGGAAGACCUUCGUGUGCAAAAAGCAGCGCUAGGCUGUCUGGAACAUCUGUCCGUCUAUGCACCAGGCCAUAUGCAUUUUGGAGACUAUGUGAGGCUUCUCCAGAAGUACUUGUCUGUCGAGAACAUCUCACUCAGAGACUCGGCCAUUGACGGGCUAUACAAUCUCAUGCGGAGAGAACCACGAGAUGUCCUGCGGGAGGCCGAUGAGAGCUUUGAGGCGCAACUUUGGUUGGUCCUCGAUACUGUCCCUACUCAUGAUGGAAUCAUGAACAUCAUCCGCAAUUGGGCGCACCAGACAUGUCUUGCUGAGACAGGCACAUGGAUCCAACGAUUCCAGACUGUGUUAAAGAUGACCCGAGCGCGAAACCAAAGCGAAGAUGAAAGCUCGAAAUCCAAGGGGGCUGCUUUGCCCGAUCUGAAUGACGAGGAAGUCGCAGGCUUCGCUUCUGCCGGUGGUGAUGCUAAGCAGCAAAAAGAAAACCCUACAACCUCUGAAGUUGAGCCGCUCCGGUGGCAGGUGACGGCAUUUGCACUCAACUGCGUGAGCGACUUGUUCGUAAUAGUAGCCAAGGACGUGAUGGCGCAUGGGGAGAGCGAAGGCCAAGCCUCAUUACAAGCCAAGAUCGCUGAUGUUGUCCGCAUGGCCUUCUCUGCAUCUACAGGCAGUGUUUCAGAACUUCGGAUCUGGGGAUUGAAGCUCAUUGGGGCCGUGUUGCGCAUGUUUGGCAAGGUUCCUGACCCAGAUUUUGAUGAAGCCAUGCUUCUCGAGCAAUAUCAAGCUCAGAUCAGCUCCGCAUUGACGCCGGCUUUCGCCGUCGACUCCUCUCCAGAGCUCGCCGCCGAGGCGGUAAACGUCUGCGCCAGCUUCAUUUCGAUAGGAAUCGUCAGGGAUGUUGAGCGCAUGGGUCGCAUUCUCAAGACACUCGUGAGCGCGCUUGAAAGCUUUGCACAAGAUGGCGAGAAUGCCGGGAUUGGUGACUUGACCGGGCUGAGCUCCAAUGCUCAGGUCAUGAUCAAGCUCUCUGUUUUUUCGGCAUGGGCCGAGCUACAGGUGGCCAGCACGGAGCAGAAGUACUUGCACGAUGUUCUAAAGCCACACAUUGGGACUCUGACGCCGCUGUGGCUCGAGUGCCUGCGCGAGUUUGCUCGACUUCGCUUCGAGCCAGACAUCUCCAUGACACUUGGGCCCCCCUCACUAUCUGGAAGCCUAGACACCAUCUACGCUGCCCUCAAUCGUGAGACGUUGUUGCGCUUCUAUCAAGAUGCAUGGCUCAAGUUUGUCGACGCGAUUGCGAGCCUCAUUGAGCAAGACAGCAAUUCGGUGUUCGAUGCUCUCGAUGGCAAGGAUUCAGCAAAGCAAGAAGUUAGCACUCAAGUGAAGAACCAAGGCAUUAACUACCGGGAUGAGCCUGUGGCCUUCUUCUUUGUUCUAUUUGGCUUAGCCUUCGAGGCACUUGCUAUCAGGCCUGGGCACGGGGACCCUUUGGCUUCUCAGGAGCAAACGCUUGAGAUUCUACGAGCCCUCAAGAAGAUUUUACAUCCCAACGUAUCCGGCCAUGCUAUUUACCGCCCCGAUGUCUUCUCCGAGACUAUGGAUCUCCUCGAUCGACUGGUACUCACUGAAGGGCUGGAAGUUCAAACGGCCAUCAUCGACAUCUCCAGCGCGCUCGUUGUGGCUCACCCUUCCGCAAGACGUCACAUUACCGAUGAGGCUGACCUGUCAGAAGACAUCGACCAACUCUUCGAACUCACCAGGAUCAUCGUGCUCGUCCUCACUGGUCUCCUACCAAACCUGUCUGCAGGAAAUCAACCAGUUAGGCACCAGAUGAACGAGGAAGCAAUCUAUCUGAUUCGUACCUCGUUGGACGCCCUUGUAGAUGCAGCAGAAGUGUUCCCUUCAGUCAUUAAAACAGACCUGCACGCUUGCAUCAUCCAUAUAUUCGCCACUACUUUGGCAACAUCUGGCUGCCAAGAGUUGAUUGUACCGCAGUCUCUUGCAACACUCAAGCGAUUCGUCAAAUCCAUGGCUGCCUCGCGAAGCUCGUCUGCCGAAGCCGCGAAAGCUACAGACACCCAGCUACUAGGUUGCAUACGGCGUUUCCUAUCCACCUACCUCAACGCACAGAAGCGUGAGGCCCCAACCUCCUUGGCUUGCGUCAAAAAUUGUCUCCUGGCCACCACUAUCCUUUUCACUGGUGGAGAAAACCAUCUUCCUGCAUCUGACCCACUGGUUGCUCGCUACCUGGAUGAGGUUAUUGACUGUCUGACCGACCGAAUGACGGCCAAAAUUGCGGCCAAUUGCAUCAGGUCACUUUUGGUACAACCGACACGUACGGCCGCAGAUCAAAGCAUCGCGCGUUAUCUCCUCCCCCGCCUCAUCACUUUCAUCAUGAACGUAGAGCCCGAAGAUCCUGAACAAGCCAGGACCCUGGUCAGCCAAUCGAUAUGCCACUAUGUCGCCACCGUUGAAAAGCAACGUGUGUCCGCUGCCAUGGCGUUAGUCAUUCCGGCACUUCUUGCGAAGACCAAUGCAGAAGGCCGGGAGGCCUUCGAGGAAACAAGUGCAAGGCUCCUUGAGCUCGCUGCCGUCGAUCCUGUAGCUUUCCGCGCGAUCGUAAGCGGCAUGAGCAACAACCAAAGAGCGUUCUUGGAGGAGAUCAUCAGAUCUGGUCAAGAAUCCACACGUGCGUCAGACCAGGCUUCCUCGGCGGGCGUAGGCACGCCAAGUAUCGCCUUGAAGAUGAAUUUUGGGGGCUAG